ACUUUUUGAGGGCGGUGGGCAGCCCAUAACUUAAAUACUGCUUUUCGGCCUUACACUUAGUCGAUGUGAGACUUUUUGUUCGUGACAAGCCGCCAUAGAACAAUACUUUAAUAAAUAAUAUGUAAUUUAGUUUCAUUUUCAUGACUAUUUAUAUUCCUGCUCCCCACACCACUUCCAAAUCCCACAUCAGUCAGCAAAACAUGGUCGGAAACCUAAUCUUCUUCCUCCCGCUGCUGCUCCUCCUCCUCCUCCAUUCCACUUCCUCCGACCCCGAUCCAAUCCAAGACUUCUGCAUCCCCGAUCCCGGCCCAUCCCCAAUUCUCCUCAGCCACCUCUCCACCUACCCUUGCAAAAACCCCUCCAACACCACCUCCGACGACUUCGUCUUCUCCGGCGCUAGAUCUCCAUCCAAAACAUCGCCGGGAACCGGAUUCGCAGGCCUCUCCGUCACCCCUUCUCUCUUUCCCGCACUCAACACCCUCGGGGUGUCGUUCGCUCGCGCAGAUCUCGAGCCCGGCGGCGUGAAUCCGCCUCAUUACCAUCCUCGAGCCACCGAGACAGCGUUGGUGGUCGAGGGGAAGAUCUAUUCUGGAUUUGUGGAUUCCGGCGGAAGGCUAUUUGCGAAGGUGAUUGCGAAGGGUGAGGUGAUGGUGUUUCCCAAGGCGAUGGUUCAUUUUCAGAUGAAUGUUGGGGAUUCGCCGGCGGUGAUAUUCGGGAGUUUUAACGGUGAGAAUCCGGGGGUGGUUAGGGUUCCGGCGACGAUUUUUGGGUCGGGGAUUAAGGAGGUGUUGUUGGAGAAAGCGUUUGGGUUGAGUCGGAAGGAGAUUGAGGGGUUAGAAAGGAGGUUUGGGCAUAAAGAAGUUGAAUUGUGAUAUUUUUGUCUGGUUUUAAGGUCAAAAUUUGUGGUUAGAUUUAUUUCGAGAGAAAAAAAUGUCUUUCAAGUUCUAAAGAUAGGAAUUUUUUUUUGAAAU